AUGAUUGUGGAGAAAGGCAUAACAGGACGGCCCAAAGCCCUGCAGUUGAGCCAGCAGUUAAUUUUUGCACUUGUAGAGGAGGGGAGCGGAGCUGCCGUGUUUACCGCUCUUCUCCCUGCAUUAGCGCAUAAAACUCCGAAGAAUAGACUCGCCGCAGCGCAAACAGUGACUUCGCUUGUAUCAGAGUAUGGGGUACAACCGUUUCCCCUAAAAGAAAUUCUGAAGGCGAUGCAGCCCCUGUUUAACGACGCAAAUCCCCAGGUUCGGAAAGAGGCGAUCGCCUUGUGCUGUCAGUGCUAUCGGUACAUAGGUGCCAACAUCAAAGGCUUUCUCACAGACUUACGAGAGGUUCAGCUACAAGAACUUCAGAAGCAAUUUGAAAGUCUUAAGGUUGGCGAGAAGCCACCAAAGAUGAUCAAGGGAGGUGAGAAUUGUCUUGCAGCAGUCAAGCCAAUAGGAUCUUUCACUAGCGACGAUCCAGCUACUGUUGUUGACGAUACCGGCUUCCAACUUUUAGAGGAGUCACCAGUGAUACCACGCCUCCCGAAGAAGUUCUUCCGCGUCGCGCUGGACAAGGAGACAACAUGGCAAGACCGUGUUAAGUAUGUGAACGAGCAUCUCGUGCCUCUCCUAGCCGCGCCUCGAUUUCGUGCAAAGGACAACUACCACGAGCUUGCAGGCAUGAUGAAGGAGUACCUAAUUGACCCACAAGCUCCACUGAUGCUGCUCGGCUUCAAAAUGGUGCAGGAAUGUGCCCGUGGGCUGCGCAGUGACUUUGGCCCGCACGCGAGGCUCUUUGUUGUGCCAUUGUUGGACAAAAUGAAGGACAAGAAAGUGAGCGUUCAGCUUCAUGUCAUGAAGACUUUAGAGGGCUUGAUCUGCUUCAACUGUAUCACGAUGGAUCAGUGCAAUGAAGAUUUUGACCAGGCGCUGCAGAGCAAGAACCCAACACAGCGCACAGUCCUGCUGAACUACCUCAUUCGUAUGGUGGACAUCCUUGGCGACCACCACCGCUACGUCAAGCUGGGGCGCUCAACCGCGAUGCUGAUGCGCGUCGUCAACGACGAGAAGGCGUCCAUUCGCGAUGUGGCGUACGUGCUGCUUGAUAGACUUGUCCGGGCCUUUGGUGAGGCUCAGUACAGGAGUGUUCUGGCACGCUUAGAUGACAAUCAACGUCGUAGUAUGGCUGUUGCAGUGGCUCGCAACGGGCCCACUGUGGGGCAGAACUGUGCCGCCGUGCGACAAGCCUCGGACCUUUCUACUUCACAAAGCGGCGGCACCACAGGCACUACUCCAUUUAACUCGCCUGCCAAAAAGGUACCUCGUGUCGAGGACUUGUCCGCGGCGACGUCAGCUCUAGCGUCAGCACCGCGAGUGCGUACCACAUCCACAUCCGACUCGACGGUUGUCGCACGGCGUCUCUCUGUUCUUGACAGGGGGGACGGUGCCGAGACCGACAUAGGGUCACGCAAGGUGGUGGUGCCGGAGCCGCCGCGAAACGUGCCGCUGCCGAACAAGGCUGUGACCUCGCACGCGUCGGGCGCAGAGCGGCUGUCUGUUGGGAUAAGUCAUGUCGCUGCCGCGCGUGGCAGCGGUGCCGACCAAAGCAGCAGCAAGACAGCAGCAGAGGACUCUGUGGCCAUGGAGUCGCUGCUCCCGCCAAAGAUGGAGUCCCUGACAAUGAUACUCGGGAUGCUGAAGGGUGGCAACGUAGUGUUAGAUAUGGUGCGCUCGCGCGAGUGGGCGCGGCGGCAGGAGGGCAUGAACAGACUCUUUGUCAUGGUGCAGCAGUGGACACCGGCGCAGACUACACGCGCCAUGGAGUACUUGGUGGUGUACAUCCGAGCACACCCUUCCUUCCGUGAGCCGACUUUUCAAGUAUUCACCAUCAUCACGCAAGUCUUCCAGGUGGCUCUGGCGAAGGUCGUGACCUUGACCUUGGCAGCUGGCUACGCUAUUGUGUCUGGCUUCACAUCACGCCUUGCAGAGCCCAAGAGCAAGCCUUUGGUGCGCGAGGUGUGCGGCCUUAUUGCCGGAAAACUUGGCCAGCGCUUUGUGGUGCGCCACAUGUUGGACACGGCAACUAUGAUCAAGACACCGAAGCUGCUGCAGGAGGUGUGCGAGUACGUGCGGGAGGCGGUGCAACAGCAGCCAGACAGUGAGGAGGCUGAGCGAGAUGCUGUGGAGGUCAAAGGAGCGCUGCAUUUUGUCAAGACGGUGUGCGCUGACUUCAACAACACCGGUGUGCGACAGGAGGUGGCUCUGCUCCUCGUGGCCCUGCGUCGUUCGCCGCAGGCCUCGGCCACAGCGGUGGAGAGGUGUGUGGCGUCACUACAGCAGCCGCUGCCUGCCAUGUACGAGCGAGAGCUGAGCCGAUCGGAGGGCGUGACCAGGAUUGCAGGGUCGUUGGUGGCGCCAAGAGUCUCAGUGGUACUCCCCGCUAGUGUACCAGCCGGGGGUGCGGCUGUACCGACGCCGCAGUCCCCUACUGAGAUUCGAGUGCGUCCGGUGAGCCAGUCAUCCGGCCCCGGCCCGCGCGUGAGUGUCCUUGCACCGCUGUCACCGAGCCGCCCAUCAGCCCACCGGCGCUCACUUAGCGACACUGAGGCAUCUCCAGAUUUUAACCGUCGCACUUCCUCUCACGGUGACGCGGUGGCGGUAACGCGGCUUACCGGUGAACGUACCAGCUCCUUGAGACCAUUAUCACGCAAUAGUUGCUCUGUGACCGCGGCGCCGACAGGUCUCCGGCCCAUUCUGCACGAGAUUACUUUCGGCGAAGAGUGGCGUGAUCGACUGAACGGUGUCCGGCACGCUGAGGCCUUUGUGGCACAGGCACCGCGGCCGCUCCCAGGCCACUGCGCCACGGCGUUGCUCAAGGCUCUGCAAGGUCGCUUCGAGGAGGCCAACAAGAACAUCGUCGUGGAUGUGCUACGCUUCAUUCCCGUGGUGGUCGAUGCCGCUGGGCUGGAGGAGUGUCGUGCUGCGCUGCGGCAGCUGACUCCCGGUGUCUUGGCAAUGCUGGGAGACCAGAAGAGUGCCUUGCGAGAAGAGGCACGUAACGUGGCGCUUUUCGCCAUGAAGGUUGUGGGUCUUGAGUCUCUCCUGCCACUACUACAGCGGCCGCUGUCGUCGGACUCAAACGUGUGUCGGCAGAACGCGCUGGAGAUGAUGGUGUGUGGGUUCGAGCGACUCCCUGCAGAUGCGACGUUGCCACGCGCCGGAAUGCAGUUGCUCACGCCAGCUGUGAUAGCCUCCAUGAUGGACCGACUGCUUGACGUUCGUGUGGUCGCGGAGCAGGUGCUAGGCUGGAUCCUAGGCGUUGUUGGUGAAGAUGCGGUCAUUCAUAGCGUGCAGCAGCUCAAGCCAGCGGAGCAGCAGGUGGUGAUGCCGGGGGUAACGCGGCAGAUUGAGCACCGACGACGCCAAGCGCAGGAGAGGCAGCCAGAGGAGCAGCAAGAGCAACUCCCACCAACCGCGAAGGCUGACCCGUCCUUCUCAACAGCCACUACCGGCACUCACGACAAUGAAGAGAGUCACCACGUGACGCCACGACCAGCUACGCAGCGAACAAACAGCCUCGGCACCUCACGCACGGCCAACAGCGGCGCCACAACACCGCGUCGCCUGUCGGCCGCCCACACCCCGUGCGAUAUGCGGCUGGGCAACACCACCAUGCGGAAGAAUGGUAACUAUGCUGGCACACCGGCAUCGGAACUUGCGACGCGAACCCGACCAAACCACCAGGAACCUGCGAGUGCUGCAGUUGAGCAGUCGCCGCUGCCGUCGAAACCCUCGACCACUGCGCGCGAAGACGAAGCCGCGAUGCCAGCUCUGGCAUCCACCGGCGGGCCCGCCGCAAGAGCCUCGGCAAACCGGAGUCGUUUGUUCACUGUGUCGAAUGCGGCGCGCACCCCUGCCACGUGCACUGACACCUUUCCUCUUACGGAGGGCGACGAGGAGCUUUACACCAUACGUGAGAUCCUUGUUGGGCUGCGGUCGGCUACCUCCGAUGUGGCGCUGGCAAUGUGCAAAGACUUUCGUCGUCACCUGUGCGCCGGCGUCGACUGCGGCACCCCGGAGGUGGUCCAGGUGAUGGUGGAGCGUUUGUACGAAAACACCCAGCACUUUGAUAGUGGCUUGGCUCAAGCGUUGAUCGAGUGCCUGACUUCGAUGUUCAUGAUCCCGCGCUGUGCAAUGCGGUGUCACAGUCAGCUUCUGUUUCGUGUACUGGGCUCUUUCUUUGACUGCCUGCUGUCGGAGAAGUUCUCGCUGCACGAGCCAGUCAUCAAAGCCUUAAAUGCCACGACGCUGAAGCUGCUGGAGGGCUGCCCGACUAACGACGUGUUCAGCGCGCUGCUGUCUCGAUUGACCGCCUACUCUACCACCUACCUCUCCACUGGCCACAGAGCCGACCUGAAGUUCAUCCAGGUGACUGUGAAGUGUGUGAUGCGAGUGCAUUUUACCAAGGUGAGCGCUGACACCAUCAUUCUGUGCUGCCACGAGUACUUGUUGCAGCACCCACCAAGUGCGUUUCGCAACUUGGACGACUUGCCGAUCCGGACGGUGAAGACAAUCUUACAGACGACAACAAAGCGAGACGGGGCAUCACUCCUCACCACAGCCGAGAACCUUGUAGGGCCGCAGAAUCUCGUCACGCACUUCAUUCGCGCCUGUCUCCAGUUGCGCGACAAGGCCGCCAAGGAGAGGAGUCAGAAUGAGCAGCAGGCGAUCGAGGAUAGCCGGAACGAGCAGCGGGCGAGUCAGUCGCCGGCCCCUCUUCCUGAAAGAGAAAAAACCUGCUCCCUGCCAUCGCAGCUGACCACAACCGCUGCUACGACUAGUGCUGCUGCUACUGUCGUUCCCACCAGAGCUGCUGCUUCUGGCCCAGCCCCGACCACUGCCAUGGCCUUGGUCACCCCUAGGCAGGGUAUCGCCACCCCGACGCGGCGAAGGAGGCUCGUGAGUCACCACGUUGACCCCAACACAACACCGGCAUCUUCCCUGAACGGAACCGUGGUGGCUGCGCCUGGUGGCUUCUCUGCAGGUUCAUCUUCACCGUCCACAGUCGCGUGUAGGGUGCGCACCCCCCGGAAAGUGCAUUCGGAGCUGCAAACUAUUACUGCCGCCUCUCAGAGUGCACCAGCGAGCACGACAGCAAGCUCGUCUGCAGUAGCCACCCCGCUCACUGUGCCUCUGCGGGGUGGGCUAAACGGGUCCGCGUCUUCAAGUCGAGAAAAUACGUCGCCAGCGGCCCUGGGGGACGUCACGAAGAGCCUGAUGGAGAUCUUUGCCCAUAUUCGCAACCAUGUCACUUCGAGCAGUGGAAUCGAUGAGCUUUAUUCAUUUCUGAAGGAGGUACCACCGAGCAUCUACGAGGAAGCGUUUUGUGUGAACUUCAAUCGCUGCUCGGAAGCGUUCCGGCUGUACAUUAAGCGAAAACUAGAGCGCAAGGUUGAUGAGGACUCUACCAGACCUGCGAACUUCCAGCUGCCACCGGUCAUUCAGAAUCUGUCUUAG